GAGGCGGAAACGGUAGUUCCCGGAAGCGUUUGAAAGACUGGAAGGAGUAGUACUAGUGUCAAAGGUGCCCCAUAGAGAUGAUAGACACUGAAGGACUUGGAAUGCCCGUCUCUUGCCAAAGCUAGGAAGUGCUUAGCGAAAAGAAGCAUUGCCAAAAGAAGCAUUAAGAAGUGAUUCAAGAUGUUUGAUAAGAGAAAGUCUUCUGAUGAUGGUUCAUCUGCUCCAGCACCAGGCAGUGAUAGAAAAGAAGCUGGCGAGGGAUGUGCAAAAAUGGACAGCAGUACCAGUGGAGGUGUACAAAUCCCAGAGCACUCAGGAAGUGGUUUACCCCCAGGACACUACAGACAAGGAUACUGCAGUUGCUGCCAAGUACAUUAUAUCAACUUAGAAAAGCACCUUGCAAGUGACCAACACAAACAGAUUUCUGGUUGUAAAAGGAUUCCAUUAAAUCCCUGCGUCAUGAUGGAGCGUUUCCUACAUGAUGUCCAUCUUUAUCAUCCACAGAAUUAUCAAGAUACUAGACCAACGUAUGAUGACAUACCUGAUAUUUCCAUAAGCCCAAGAUUACCAGAAGUUUGUUCCGAUGCACCUCUCCUUGUACAAAGUCACAAAUUAGUGCCUACUAAGACCCAUCCUGAAAACACCCAGCCUAUUUCUGACUCAAGUAAUUGUUACCCAUCCACAUCAAAGUACAACUCUAGAAAUAUUGCUGUAUGGCAUCCAUACAAUGAAAAGCUUAAAAUCGAGCCUUGUUCCACAGAUGGACAACUUCGAAAGCAAAAUAUUACUUCUGAUUGCAUUCUGACUGUUGUCCAGAAAGCCUUAACCACUGGAGAAGAUACAGUACCUCAAAGCUCACUCUGUACAAAUAACUAUCCCUGCUGCUCACAGAAUGCAAAUAAUAUUCCUUGCUCUCAAACAGUUCAUUCUGUACUAAAUCAAGGAACCAAGAAGAAAAAUAUUCUAGAGACAAGUGUGUGUGAAAUCAUUAAUAAGUGCCCAAAUUUUGACGUGACUACAAAAACUAUGAGAUGUUUACACGCUAAACCACCGGCUUCCCAAGGCAGCUGUUUAAACCUGACCUCAGGUAUACAAUGUGGGAAACUAAGUGGUAUGGAAUCUCAGGGAAACAUUGAUCAUAUCUUUAGGAAUCAUGUUGUUGAUAGUCACUUGAAACAUACUAAAUGUUCUAAAGAAAGUGAAACUAAUAACCCAACUCAUAGCAAAGGACUUUAUUUGUCACAGGGGGAUAGAUCAACAGUGGAUGAAAUUAUUGAAGAAGUAAUUUGGAAAUACUGCUAUAGAAAUUCUGAAUCUUCAGUAGGGAAAGAAGAGGACACCAUCUCAUCACUUAACAUCAACUCAGUUCUUGGCUGUACGGAGGAUUCAAGUCUAAGCUUUGACUGGGAUGUACAAAUUAAAUCUGAAGAGGAUCUCUCAAAGACAGACCUAAAAAAUGUGGAUGUACUCAAAGAUAUCAUUGUCAACAUUGAUGAAGAGUACAAGUCAAAGUUAAAAUCAGUUCUUGGUCCAUAUCCUGUUAAGGAGCCAGAGGGUAUAAAAGCAGAAAUUGAUGAAGAGGUUCUACCAGCACUGCCCCAUGUGCCUCCAUCUUUUGUUGGUAAAACAUGGUCACAAAUCAAAUAUGAAGAUGAUUUAAAAAUUGAAGCCCUUGUACAGCAGUUCAGAAAAGGAAAGUUCCAUUGCUACUUUGAAAGUGGAAGUAGCAGCAGGAAGUGCAAGAGAAAAUUUGAAAGUGAAGAAAAUUUAAUGAAGAUUGAACUUGAGACUAAUAAUUGGAAACUACCCAAAGAUGAUACUACAUCACCAACAUUAAAUGACUUUUCUUAUGCAGACAAUGAUUCUGAUAUUCCCUCAGUGAAAUCAGAGAAAGUGGUAAAGACAGAAAUUAAAAUGCCUUGCAGAAGAAUUUGGAGACUUGCUUCAAGGUGCCAGAUAGUUAAGGUCAGUCAUGGAACCCAAACAAGUCUCGUAAAUUAUCCGGUAGUUCGAAAGAAAGUCAAUAAAAAUGAACUUGGACAACAUUCAAACCAUGUUAUUUUUAAUGAUUUGGAAGGGGAAAUGACUCCAGACAUGCAAACUAGAAUGUGUGCUUUGAAACUUCCAGAAUCAUAUACCAAAAUUUUUACUCCAUUACAACCAAAGACAAUGGUGUAUGUUCUUUCACAUCCUGAUAUAAAAUGUUUUACUGGCAAACCAGCUUACAUUUUGAGGAGUGGCCGAAACCAAUACUCAACUGAUAGCAGAGACUCUGCCAAUUAUAAAUAUAAGCAAUCUCCUCUUAAGUAUUAUGAUCCAUCAACCAAUCGAAUUCUUAAAACGCCUCCUAGAAAUUGUGUGAGGGGACACAGUAUUAAAGGCCCAUAUGUCCGUAAACUGUUCAAAAGUCUAAGUAGUGAGAGUAACGUUGAUAAAUUCGACUAUGGACUCAAAGAAACCACUUCCUCCAAAAAGUCUUUUAGUAGUUGUUCUGUUGCAUCUCUAUGUUUUGAAACCGCUAAAGUUAAGGAUUUAAGCUCAAGUCUAACAGGAAGUGGAUCCUCUAUUGACACAGAAUAUUUUGACUGCCUAAAAUCUGAGCACCCUGACAAGCCAUGUGCUCAGUUUGCCCCUUGCAAAGGCAGUCAUACUAAGGUCAAGAGAGAUAUUCCAUUUGUUCCAUCAAUCACUAGGACUAUAAGAAAAACCUUGGGGCCAAAUGAGAAUGAGAUCAAGCAGAAAAUUGUCCAUUCCACAGCAAAUAUAAAACAAGUGGCAGAAACUAGGUGUCGUACAAAGUCCAAGCAUAAACAGUGUGGGAUGAUAAAAACUGUAGGGAAAAUAGCGCAAAGGAAACUACCUAAAAUUAGAAAGCAACCUUUAAGAAAGGCUUCCUUGAGAUUUCUAAAAUAUGAUGUUCCUUCUGUUCAGGCAGUUCGGCCGAGGCAAAAGAAUAUGACAACAGGUCAGAAGAAAGAGUUACCAAGGCGACAUUUUAAUAGUAACACAUGUGUAAAGUCAAAAUUUAUUUCACGUAAGUCUUGCAAAAGAGAGUCAGAAAUUUGUAAACCUGUGCUUAAAAAUGCUGGUCAAAGUAAAGCAGUUAAGAAGCCAUACGAAGAAGGAAAUGACAAAAAAUGUUGCAGAACCCGCAAUAAAACACUGAGAAUUGUACAGGAAACUUUGCCCCAUAUAGUAAGCAAACCAAGACUAAGGACACAGCCUUCUCGAACAAGAGGUGAGAGUAAAUCAACUACAAGAAGAAGAGGAAGAAAAUAAGAAAAUAUAUUUUAUAUACAUGUGUAUAUAUAUAUAUGUGUAAACAAUGUUUUAAUCACUGUGUUUUGGAGAACGGGUAUCAUGGUAAUAUGUUUUUGCACACAUUUUAUAUUUGUUUAAUACAUUGUGGGAUAAUAUUGAAAAGAUAAUGCAUUUGCUUACUCUUCAAAUGUACAUUCAUUAGAUAUAUCUUUAACAGAGAUCUAUAUAAAUAGUUUUUGGUGUGCAGCUUUUCUAACUGAAUUGGAUAUUACAAUUACAAGAGCUAG